UGAGUGCACAUUGUUUAGUGUUUUCGGCUUGGGAAGGAGAGAGAGGGAAUGGUCAUAUCAGUCUGUGUGAAGGGUCGGUCGACAAGGAUCGUGUCAGACUACAAAUGAUGAAACAUCGUGAACGGAACACUACACCGACUCAAAUUCCUAAACCCAACCGCGAGACCGACUCGAUGAUUAUGGCCACCGCUGACUCAGCAGUGAGAAGUUUAUCAGAAGUCGAAAAAUACCUUAACAGCCGGAACGAAAUGGUUCUGUGGUUGUGUUCCAGGCUGAAAGGAGCAGUGGCGAAGGGAACAGCCUGAACAUUCCGGAGUCAAUGUGUCGAGGCAGCUCGGAGAACAACCUAGAUCUAGAUCUGAGCGGCAUCCCAGACUCCCAACGCUACCUAGACUCCUCCCACCGCAGCUUAGACUCCUCCUACCGUUCCCUGCCCCCGGGACUCAACAGCCUGCAGCAGAAGAUCCUCCGGGUGACUGAAGAGUUGAAGAUUGAGCAGGAGGCUCGUGACGACAAUGUGGCUGAGUACCUGAAAUUGGUGAACAGUGCCGACAAGCAGCAGGUGGGACGCAUCAAGCAGGUGUUUGAGAAGAAGAACCAGAAGUCAGCCCACAGCAUCGCCAACAUGCAGAAGAAGUUGGAGCAGUAUCAUAAGAAGAUGAAGGACAGCAGUGAGAAGGACGCCAGCUCCAAACACCACAGCGGUCCCAAGGAGACCUCCAAGGACAGGCUGAGUCUCACCAACGUGAGCAGCGGUAGUGGCCGACACCCCACAGACAAGAUCAAGACUGUAGGGCCUGGCGUCUCACUCUCACCGCCAUUCUUCUUCAGCAAGCCCCGGGACUUUGCCAACCUCCUCAGGAACAAGUUUGGCAGUGCCGACAACAUCGCCCACCUCAAGACCUCCCUGGACACGCCCAAUUCCUUCCGCUGUGAAGGCACUGGGCGGACCCUGAGCGGCAGUGCCACCAUCGGGGAUGGGAAGACCGCGACCCCCGCCGCCACAACGACCCCCAAGUACACCAGCGACGACGAGUGUUCCUCUGGCACGUCCCUGUCUGCGGACAGCAACGGGAACACCUUGGCUCAUGGGGUUGGGCUGGGUCUAGAAGGGGGUUCGGGGGCUGCAGUGACUCCUGGACAGAGCCUGGAGGUUGGGGACGGCCAGGGGAGGCUUGACAUGACCAUGGAGGAGGUGAGGGAGAUCAGGGAGACCCAGGGGCAGCUGGAGGAGGACAUGGAGACACUCAGGACCCAGUUCAAGAAAGACUACGGUUUCAUCACCCAGACGCUACAGGAGGAAAGAUACAGGUAUGAGCGGUUGGAGGACCAGCUGAAUGACCUGACAGAGCUCCACCAGGCGGAAACAGCCGACCUGAAACAGGAGCUGGCAAGCAUCGAGGAGAGAGUAGCCUACCAGGCCUACGAGAGAGCCAGGGAUAUACAGGAAGCUCUAGAGUCGUGUCAGACGCGGGUCUCUAAACUAGAGCUCCAGCAGCAGCAACAACAAACUGUACAGCUCGAGUCCAGUGACGCCAGGGUGCUUCUGGGUAAGAGCAUCAACAUCAUGCUCGCCCUCGUCACCGUGAUCCUCGUGUGCGUCUCCACGGCCGCCAAGUUCGCCGCACCCCUCCUGAGGAGCCGACGCCACGUGAUGGGCACCUUCCUGGGCAUGUGUCUGCUGGCGCUAUUCUGGAGGAAUUGGGAGAAUUUUCAGCGUGCUGUGGAGAGUGUCCUGGUGUCAGCCUAAUGCUGUCCACAACCACACACAGCAACAAAUUAUCUCCGGGCGGAUCUCAGAGCGCAGAACAUCAAAAUAGUAUAUUUAUAAGUGAUUAGAACCUACAGUGGGGAGGUUCUUCAGUAUAGCGUUGGUCCUGGUGCUGUCUGGUAGGGGAGAAUGGGUCUGUGAAAACAUGGUCACUGACUGGUUAAUCUCACCAGCCAGAAUAACACUGAAUAUCAAGUCAAUGUGAGGUGCAAGAACAGACAUCAUAACACGAAUGAGAAGGCCGAGAAUGUUGUAAUCCUUGAUUAAUGCUGGUUCUCCCAAUGUUAAGUCAUAUCACGAGAGUCUACUUCCUGUUCACUCCUAAGAUUUCCAUUGGUCAGAAGAGGAUGAUGCAGUCCACAGCGUCACACUGCAACAAAUGAUCUCCGGGCUCAGUCAGAACUCCAUCAGAAUGGUGUAUUUGUAAGUGAUGAAGAUCAGAAGAGGUGGGAUCGAGCCUGAUGGUUUUAGACAAGGGGAUUGGUUACUGACUUACUGUUCAUUAUACAAUAGGAUCUCAAUCUCCCUUGUCUCUGAUGGGAUUGGUGGAUUGGUCACGGAACAUAAUCAUCAAGCCUGCACAGUUCUGUUGCCUCACUGUCGUCUCAUGGUCGGAGAUGUUCAUCGGUCUUCAUGGACGCACACACACACACACACACACACACACACACACACACACACAUAUAUCUUGCUUUAUUGUUUUUAAUGGUUGUGUCCCAUAAGGCACCCUAUUCCCUUUAUAGUUCACUACUUUAGACCAGAGCCCUAUGGGGCCUGUAGUGCACUACUUUAGACCAGAGCCCUAUGGGGCCUGUAGUGCACUACUUUAGACCAGAGCCCUAUGGGGCCUGUAGUGCACUACUUUAGACCAGAGCCCUAUGGGGCCUGUAGUGCACUAUAUAGCGAGGAUGCCAUUUGGGAUGUACCCUGUGGACUCUGUUUCAGGUCUUACAGACAGACUUCCUUAUUGCCUGCAGUCACACGUUUGUCAUCUUUUAAAACUGACUUGGUUUGUUUACUUCUUUUAUUGGAUACAUUUUAAAAGUGCAAUAUGUUGUUUGAUACAUGUUUUUUUUAUGACUUUGUUGUUGUUUUUAUUUAGAAAAUAAUUUAUAGAGAAGUGAGGAGGUGCUGUCUGGGGGUGGGGUGGGGUGAGGGGGGUGGGGGGGCCACUGAGGUUUUGUGAUAAGACUUCUGCCUGAGACAAAAUCAAUCCGAUGAGGUUAUCAGUUUGUAUUCCCACCAGGUUAUCGCUCCAUAAACAUCAAGACAAUAUAAAGACGUGAACGGUGUCACUUCUUCAGUCUCUUACAAAACUCAAAUAUCUCACGGGAUUUUAUUCAUGCGCUUUUACCGGAAUUCCAGUAGUAAUAAAUCAUUUGAAUAGCUGAGAAGAGUGGACAGUCUACAACACUGUGAUAUCAGGGUUAUUUUACCAUCUUGUGAUAGUUGGGUCGUUCCACCGAUUCAGUGACUUCUGAGAAGUGUCAUUUGGUUAAAAAACUAAACUAAAAAACUUUGAUUUCAACAAAUGUUUACAUUCUGUCAUAAAGAGCACAUGUUCAACUUAAUAAAAACAAACAUGUUUUACCAUC